UAAAGUAAUAUGAUAGAAAACACCUCUAAUUCAAAAGAUCCCUUGAAGAUGGGAGACUCCGGGAGGGAAGAAUCUUUCAUCCUUAUCAGUUUGAGUUUUGCCCAGGGCAUUCAAUGGAACUUUUGAAUAUUUUACAGCCACAAGUGCUAUCCAGCCUCCAAUAUAAAUUUUAAAACCAGAAUAAAGUAAAGAGAGAGAGAGUUGUCAUCUUAGAAGAUUUUUUUAUGUACGAGUACUUUUUUCCCACGAAAACUCCUUUAUUCUGCCUUUUCUGUUUUUUAAUCUUUCCUGAUUCACUGAAAUUGACUACACAGCACAAAGGUUUUUCCUUGUGAGUUCGUCAAUUGCUGUGCACCAUCUCUUUACUCUUUCAAUUGCUGUUUUAGCUACAUUCUAGUAAGACUAAGCCCUUACUACCUAUCAAUUUAUCAUUGUUCUAAGCCUUCUCAUCGCACUUUGUUUACCGGAAGGAUGGGAGGUGCUCAACUAUUUAUUUUUAAGUGAAUUUCUUCCAUGCUCUCUUAGUUACUCUUUUCUAUUUUCCGCUUGUCAUUGUCAUUUCGCGCUCUUGACAUGUAUGAAAGUUUGAGUAGAGCUGCUCACGAAGGAAAUAUUGUUGAAUUGUAUGCAUCAAUCCGAAGAGAUGGAGAUGUUUUAAGGAAAAUUGAUGAGAUGCAGUUCAUUGACACUCCAUUACACAUAGCUGCAGCUGAAGGGUGCAUUGAUUUUGCAAUGGAGAUAAUGAUCUUAAUGCCGUCAUUCGCUAGGAAGCUAAACCAAGAAGGCUUUAGUCCCAUUCACGUCGCAGUGGAAAAGGGGCAUAAAGAGCUGGCGCUACAUCUCAUAGAAAAUGAUAAAAAUCUUGUUCGUGUCAAAGGGAAGCAGGGUGAGACUCCUUUGCACUAUGCAAUACCUAGAGAACAAAAUUUUGAUCUCUUGGCCAGAUUUCUUGAGGCUUGUCCUGAAAGCAUCCGGGAUAUGACAACUACAAACCAAACUGCUUUGCAUAUUGCAACGAGACACGAUAGAUUGGAGGCUCUUGACCUCCUAUGCCAGAUGCUUAGGAGGAGUGACUAUUGUGAGGAUGUGGUGAACCAGAAAGACAGGAAUGGUGACACUGUCUUGCACAUAGCUGUGCGCAAUAAUCAACCCAAGAUGCUCAGAGUGUUAUUAAAAUGCAAGGCUGAUACGCUUGCUACCAAUCCUGCUGGUUUGACGGCACUGGACGUUGCGCACGAACUUAAUAACAGAGAGAGCAUUAAUAUUCUACGUGGUUGGUCAAAUGCAGGAGGUUUAAACUUUCAAUAUAAAAUGCGAAAGCAAAUUUUCAAGCUUGUGACAAAGGCAUCAGAAGUAAUUUUUCAGGGUAUGGACAAUGUAUCAAGCGAGGAUCGGAAUGCCUUACUAGUAGUUUUAGGAUUGCUUCUAACAGCUACCUACCAAGCCAGUAUUAGCCCGCCAGGUAGUGUUUGGCAGGGUGGUGUUUGCUCAAACUCCAAUUCCACAGUACAUGAAAAAAUUCCGGGCACAUGGAUCCCAUGGGAUGUUAAUUUCCUUCUUUUCUAUAUUCCAUCCUAUACUGUCUUCAUAGUAGCGUUCUUCCUAACAUUGGGCCUCCUUAAACCUUUUCCCCAUGGUUUCAGGACUGCCCUUCAAGUACUACUUGCAUUUCUUGCUAUAUCUUUCGACGAAGCAGUAUGUUUAAUAGUACCAACGUCAUUAGCAUUUCGAGUUAUGAGUAUGUUUUCAGUGGUGCUUUUUAUUUUAAUGAUGUUCAUGUGUAUUGCUUAUCGGGUAUCAAAACUUAGCGUUUUAAUUUUAGGAUGUUGGUUAUCCCCUAGUGUGUUUAACAUAUUAUACCAAGGAACCUUUAACUUUCAUUACGUUUGGAUUAUAGUAGUUAUAAUGUCAGCAUCCAUGGUUUUACUUGUAUUGUUUCUACUGUGGAUGGAUUAGGACGAUGAGAACGUCGGUUGACAUGGCAACCCCUCAGGAUAUAUGGAUGUUUUUGGUUGUAAAGUUUGCUCAAGUUGUUGUUUUGUGUGUUUUUUACGUGAGGAGAGCACUACGUGUACUGUUCUUGGUUGUAUGUUGUUUCCAAUUUUAUAUAUCUAUUUGUUGUACCAUCAAUAAACUCAAUGCCUCUUAUUUAAA